AUGGACGAUCUUACAGAUGCUGAAAAUUCAGACACUUUGUCUUUUAUGCCUUUGUAAGUUUAUUUGGAAGUUUGAACAAGUUUACAGUUAUUUUUUACUUGUUUUUGAAGACAUUUGUCUUGGUUUUGAUUUUUCUACAAAGUUAGAUGAGUUUUGUUAUGUUUUGACGACUUUUUAAUGUUGUUUCAGAGUUUAAGUAUGAAUUUUCAGAGGAUCAGGGCAAGAGGUUGGAAGGUCAUGUCACUUUUUAAGUUUCAAAGGCAAGAACAUCAUGGUAAGUUGUUAUAGUUAUUUGUUUUGUAAUUUAGAGAAGCUCUUUGAACUUGAUGUUUUGACAAAAGUAAUGGAAAAGCUUUAUAAUAUUGUUAAUAAACUAUUUAUAAUAUUUUCUUGCAGUUAGACUGUGGAAUUCAUCCAGGAAUGCACAACUUUGCCGCUUUACCGUUUGUCGAUCUUAUUGAUGCUGAAUCUCUCGACCUGAUUUUGAUCACCCAUUUUCAUCUUGAUCAUUGUGGAGCUCUACCUUGGUUUCUGAACAAAACUGGUUUCAGAGGGCGAUGUUUCAUGACUCACGCUACGAAAGGCAUCUACAGGAUGAUGCUGGGGGACUACAUCAAAAUGUCAAAAUAUGGAUCAAGCAGUGAUAAAGCCAUUUUCUCAGAACAAGACUUGGAGCGAAGUUUGGAGAAGAUUGAAGUAAUUGAUUUCCACGAGCAGAAGGAAGUGAAUGGCAUCAGAUUCUGGCCAUACGUCGCUGGACAUGUCUUAGGUGCAGCCAUGUUUAUGAUUGAGAUUGCUGGCAUUAAGUUGCUUUAUACUGGCGAUUAUAGUGUACUAGAAGAUAGGCAUUUGUGUGCAGCGGAAGUGCCGGCUAUUACUCCGGAUAUUCUGGUGUGUGAAGCUACUUGUGGUACUCAAAUUCAUGAAGGUAGAGAGGAAAGAGAGAACAGGUUCAUCACUAUGGUUCAUGAAAUUGUUUCGAGAGGAGGAAGAUGUUUGAUACCUGUGUUUGCUUUGGGAAGAGCUCAGGAGUUGAUGUUGAUUUUGGACGAGUAUUGGGAGAAACAUCCGGAGCUACAUGAUAUUCCUGUUUAUUGUAGGUUUUGGGGUCUUGAUAAGUAAAUUAGUUGUUUGAUUAUUAUUUUUUGGGUAAUGGAUGGAUCGAAUUGUUUAAAAUUACGAUGUUUAUAGGAAUAUUUUCUUGAAAGCACUUUAUUUUAGUUCUUUUAUUAAAAAUAUUGUUUUAGAUGCAAGUUCAUUGGCAAAGAAGUGUAUGGCGGUUUACCAGACGUUUGUUAGUGGUAUGAAUCAAGUUGUAAAGAAUCAGAUUUCUUCAACUGGAAAUCCAUUCGUUUUCAAGCAUAUUUUGAAUCUGAAGGUGAGUGCUUAUUACUUUUAAUUUAUUGUUACCUAAAAAGCAAUGUUGUUGGUCAAUAUCUAAUCCUUUUUUAAAGGAAUGAAGGUUUCUUUACAAAGAAAAUUUAUAUUAUACUAAAGGUAGUGCAAUACUUUUAAAAAUACUCUAAUUUUUUCAAAAUUUGUAGACAAUCGACCACUUUGACGACGUAGGCCCAUGUGUAGUCUUAGCCAGUCCAGGAAUGCUGCAAAACGGCCUAAGUCGAGAGCUGUUCGAGCUAUGGUGUCCGGACUCGAAGAACGGAUGUAUUAUUGCUGGUUAUUGUGUGGAAGGUACGCUGGCCAAACAUAUUUUGUCAGAACCAGAGGAGAUUGUGGCUUUGGCCGGACAUAAGUUGCCAAUGCGAUUGGAAGUUGGAUAUUUCAGUUUUACUGCUCAUGCUGAUUAUAAACAGACCAGCAAGUUUAUUGACCAGUUGAGGCCGGCUCAUUUGGUAAGGGAGUGGUUUCUGUGGGGUAAUUUGGGUUUUGUAUUUUGUUGUAUAAAUUUUGGUUUGGGAUAUUGUUUUAGGUUUACUUGCUUUUGUUUUUUAUUGUCUUUGAAGUUUUUUAAGCAAUAUUUUUUUGUUUUUUUUUUAAUUAAAAGUUCAAUUUGAUUAGAAUUCAGUUAAAAAUUAUAUUUUUAACGCUAAUGUUUGUAUUUUACAUCAAACCUUUUCAGAUUCUAGUCCACGGCGAAAUGAACGAGAUGAAUCGACUAAAAGCUGCCAUUUCUCGAACAUACGAAGACGAUCCAGAAUACAAAAUUGAAGUUCACAAUCCCCGAAACACAGAGACUCUAAACCUAUAUUUCCGAGGCCAAAAAACGGCCAAAGUUGUGGGCGAAUUGGCCACUAAACCUCCGAUCGAUAACAAUAUUAUCAGUGGAAUCCUGUUGAAAAGAAACUACAACUUCCAUUUGUUAAUGCCAAGCGAUCUCAGUGUAUAUACCGAGCUGUCUACGUCGACUGUAAGCGAAAGGAAGAGCUUAUAUUAUAAUGGAAGACUGCCACAGUUGAUGUACAAUCUGGGACAGUUAACUGAGAAAUACACAUUGAAUCAGAUGCCAAAGAGUGAUUCGAAAAAGGAGGAGCCGGAUUAUGUUAUCAAGAUGUUCGAUGUAGGUUUAUAAUUUGUUACGGUAGAGUGACGAAACUAAUUUCGAAAGUUUUAAUGAAAAAUUAUACUAAUGUGUAUAGGUUAUGUCAUUAAUAUUUCAAAAAAUGAAGGAUAAUAUAGAUUUUAAACUCCAAAAUAAAAAAUAAUAGUAAAAUAUUAUUUUUCAGAAUCAAAUCGAGCUAAAAUACUAUCAGAAACACUGUGUGAUCCUAAUGGAAUGGCUAUCAACACCAGUUACAGACAUGUAUUCAGAUGCCAUUAUGUCAGCGAUAUUACAUGCCCAAACCAAUCAUAUUCCACUGAAACGUAAGGAAAAGGCUGAAGAUUUAGUUUUUUAAAGUUUUUUAAAUUAUUGCGGCUUUUCUAUUGUUAUGAAGUUGUUAUAAGGGUCUUUAUAUUGAUAUGAAGUUGUUAUAGAGGUAUUUAUCAUGAUUACUUUAGAGUUUUAGUAUUAUUUUGAGUUUUGAUGCCUAAAAAUAGAAACAAAAUAUAAUGUUUGGAUUUCAGACAUUCCAAAGCCGAUAAAAGACCUGGUGAAAGAAGCACAAGAAGAGAAAGACCUGAAAGAACCAAUAGAACAUAAACUGGACAGAUCAACUGCAACAGAAAGCAGAAUGAAUGCUUUCAAAUCAGCGAUCCGAGAGAUCUGUGGCGCUGUUGAGAUUGUUGAAGAGGAGAACAUACUAAAGAUUACUGUCGACGGAAAGGAAGCAACACUUGACACGACAAACAUGCAAAUCCAAUGUUCAGACCUACUUAUUCAACAUCUUUUGGGCUCGGUUUGCCAAAAGGUUUCAAUCGCAUUGGCUCCGAUCUAA